AUGAGGGCUUCAGCAAAUGUUAUUAAAUUUAAUUCUUACGGUGAUAUAAAAUGGAAUUCUGAAUUUGAAAAUUUAGCUGUUGAUAUAACAAAGAAAUGGAAAGAUACAGCUACAUGCUUGAAUUUGAUAGUUGAUCAUUUUUAUGACAGUAUAUUAGAUAAAUCGUUUUAUAAAUCAAUAACUGGAAUACCAUUAUUUAAAACAUUAGUUAAUGAUUCAGAAGAUUUGAUAUCUCCCAAAUUUCAAACUUUACAAGUAUUAAAAAUGGUUAGAAAAGAAGGAUGUAACAUGAAUAUAAUAUUUAUGCUUAAUGCUGAUCAAACAAUAAGAUUGUUAAAAUUUAGUGAUAAACAUAGAUUGUUAGAUUCAAGAACUAAAUUUAUGUUAUUACAUGAUCGUAGACUCUUUACUAAACAAUAUCAUACAUUAUGGACAAAAAUUAUAAAUGUUGUGUUCAUCAGAAAAUAUCGUUUUAAAGAAUUAUAUGAAUUAUCAACUGUUCCAUACCCAGCACCAAUUAAAGGAGUAUUGAUUACUUUAAGACUAGAUUUAUGGAAUAAAAGAAAAUUUCAAAAACAAACAGAUUUAUACAGAGAUAAAGUAUCAAAUCUACAAGGAAAUUCACUUAAAGUAGUCACAUUUAAUUAUAUUCCAUCAGCAAUAAAAAAUAUGUUAACAAAUGAAAAUGAUGAAAACAGUGGCUAUAAUAAAGGCUUAGAAAUCGAGGUUUUGAAUUCUCUUAGCAGUGUAAUGAAUUUUAUACCAUUUAUUUAUGAACCAAUGAAUUGGCGAACUGAAAAAUGGGGUAAAAAACAAAUUGAUGGAACCCUAUCUGGAUUGUUAGGGGAAGCAUCAUCUGCUCGAGCGGAUUUAGUACUGGGUAAUUUACAUUAUUCACCUUAUCACCUAAACAUUUUAGAUCUAUCUAUUCCUUACAACACAGAAUGUCUAACAUUCUUGACAUUUGAAUCAAAAACAGACAACUCAUGGAAAACAUUGAUCCUUCCUUUCAAGUUAAAUAUGUGGGUCGGAGUACUUAUUACGCUUCUUGUUGGAGGUUUUUUAUUUUAUGUCUUCGCAACAGCUCAUAAACAUAUUGAAGACAGUCACAAUAUGAAUAAAUUAAUAAAUAAUACUAAUACAAACAAAGAAUUAAACAAACAAGAUUCUGUUUUAGCAAAAUUAAAGAGUACAAUUAAAAAUAUUUUUAAUACUUUAAAAAAUAAAUUUAAAAAUACAAAAAUAAAUAAACAACAAAAGUUUGAAAUAAAUUAUAUGAAAAAUACAAAUUUGAAUAAAUAUAUAAACAAAGAUGUGACUGGAUUAUAUUUAUUUGAAGACAUAGAAAAUAGUAUUUUAUAUACUUAUGGAAUGUUAAUUGCUAUAUCAUUACCUAAAGUACCUAGUGGAUGGGCCAUAAGAAUUUUAACAGGUUGGUGGUGGAUAUAUUGUUUAUUAGUUGCAGUUGCUUAUAAAGCAAGUAUGACGGCAAUCUUAGCAAAUCCAGAUACAAGGAUAACAAUUGAUACAUUGGAAGAUCUUGCUGAUAGUAAUGUGGACUGUGGAGGAUGGGGAGAGCAAUCAAAAGAGUUUUUCAUGACAUCUUUAGACAGAACUGGGCAAAGGGUUGGUCAAAAAUUUCAAGAAGUUUAUGAUGUUGAUAAAGCAAUUGAUAGAGUAUCAAAAGGGCAAUUUGCAUACUAUGAUAAUAUACAUUUUUUGAGAUAUGUAAAAGGGUUGCAAAACACUAAAACACAGGAACAAAAUUCACAGUUAAUUAAUGGUACAUUGAAUAGUACAAGUAACGGAGAUUUCACAUUGCAUAUCAUGUCAAAUUGUAUAGUUAAUGUGCCAAUCUCAAUAGGGCUACAAAAGAAUUCUCCGAUUAAGCCAGCAGUCGACCGAUUUUUAAUAAGAGUCAUAGAAGCUGGUUUAGUGAAAAAAUGGCUAACCGAUGUAAUGUUGGAUACAAUAGCAUUAGAGAAACUACAACAAACUGAAGAAGUUAAAGCAUUAAUGGAUCUAAAGAAACUUUAUGGAGCAUUUGUUGUACUGGUUGCUGGUUAUAUUUUAAGUAUUGUAACUUUAUUACUUGAAAUAAGUUAUUGGUACGGAGUAGUAAAAAAGGAUCCUUUAUUUGAUGAGUAUUUUUUAAGCUGUUAUUAUGCACAACAAAAAAAUUAGGUAUGAUUCACCAUUAUAAUUUUAAAUACAAAAUGUUGUUGGUAGAUAAUUAUUUAUUUAAUUGUUGAUUCAAACUAAAAGCUUAUAUAUUAAUCA